AACAAAGCUGCACCAAGAAACACCUUCACAAUGACACCAAAGUAUAAGAUCAAGGCCGAUGGAGCCUGAAGAGAUCUGCCUACACUAGUUCAGUGCUACUACUCACUCUGCUGUGUUCAAAGCUACCUGAUCGAGCUUCUGCGUGAAUGAAGGAUAGAAGAAUCGGUAAGGGGCUGAUCAUGAGGACUCUGCUGGACCGGUGCCUGUCGUCGUCCAAGAAGGGCCGCGAGCUGCCGCCGGAGGGCCACCUGGCGGUGUACGUGGGCGCGGCGAGGGAGCGGUUCGUGGUCCGGACGGAGUGCGUCAACCACCGCCUGUUCAGGGCGCUGCUGGAGGAGGCUGAGGAGGCGCGCGGGCCGUACUGGUACGCGGCGGACGGCCCGCUCGAGCUGCCGUGCGACGCCGGGGAGUUCGCGCGCGUCGUGGAGGCGAUCGAGCGGGAGAUGGCCGAGGAGAGGACGGCAGUCGUCGGGUGCGGCGGCGGUGGCAUCGUGAGAGGGCAAUGGGCGACGCACCGGCCGGUGGCGGUCCACGGCAGGCAGGUGACCGUGCUUUGAGGUGAUCGGUGUUCUGGUCAUGCAUGGCACGUGUUGCCGGCUGGUCAUGAAAGAUGGGCAGCAUUUAGAGGCGAAGCCAAGGUAAAAUACCCCGGUGUGCACCAGACUCGAAAAGAACGAAUACUUGUUACUAAUCCAUAUUUAAUAGAGUACUGCUUAAAAAUUAUAUACGUUAUGAAAUGAUACACUAGGAUAUUUUUGGCUCUAGCAUCACCCCUGGGUAGCGAAGUGUGUGAUGCCUGGUCUUGUAACUGUUCUAUUGCAG